CUGCAAACCCUCCGCUUUCCUCUCUGCGCCUUCCGAAGCCCCGGAGAGCCAUGACGAAAAAGAAUCAAUUGCUUCAAUGGAUUCCCCACUUCUCACCAACUACGACGACUCGACGAGGACCAAAUGCCUAUUCACCCUUUCGAUAUCGGGUCGGGUCCGUCUCCGUCACCUGUUGCGACGACGGAAGCUGAUGCGGAUUUGGCCGAUGCGGUCGCCGCCGGCUUCCCGGACGUAGACGAUGAGCCGGAGGUAAGGAGCUUGCGCGACGCUUGGCAGACCUUUGUGGGAGAGUCGAUGAAGCUGUGGUGGAUCGCGACGCCGAUCGCAUUCAGCAUUAUUUGUCUAUAUGGGGUUAAUUCUACUACGCAGAUCUUCGCCGGACAUCUUGGAAAUCUGGAGUUAUCGGCGGUCGCAAUCGGGCUUUCAGUUAUAUCGAAUUUCUCUUUUGGAUUUCUUCUAGGCAUGGGGAGCGCACUGGAAACUCUAUGCGGGCAGGCCUACGGCGCGGGGCAGGUGGACAAGCUCGGCAUCUAUAUGCAACGGUCAUGGAUCAUCCUCACCGCCUCCGCCAUUUUUAUGUGCCCCCUCUACCUCUUCUCUACCCCCAUCUUGAAGCUGAUAGGCCAAGACCCCGCCAUCGCCGACGCCGCCGGCCGCUUCACCGUCGCCAUUAUCCCCCAAAUCUUCGCCCUCGCCAUCAACUUCCCGGCACAGAAAUUUCUCCAGGCGCAGAGCAAGGUGUCAGUCCUCGCCUGCAUAGGCUUCGUCGCACUGCUCAUCCAUAUCGCUCUACUCUACCUCUUCCUCUACAGAUUCGGGUGGGGCAUCAUCGGCGCCGCCGCCGCAUACGAUAUUUCGCAGUGGAUCGUCUCCAUUGCCCAGGUGGUGUACGUCGUUCGAUGGUGUGGGGACGGAUGGGGAGCGGGCCUCUCCUGGGGCGCAUUUAGGGAUCUGUGGGCUUUCGUCAAACUCUCCCUCGCUUCAGCUGUGAUGCUUUGCCUGGAGAUUUGGUACAUGAUGGUGCUAGUUGUGCUUACGGGACAUCUUGAGAACGCCGAGAUAGCCGUUGGCUCUCUUUCUAUCUGCAUGAACAUCAACGGCUGGGAAGGAAUGUUGUUCAUCGGCAUCAACGCGGCCAUAAGCGUUCGGGUCUCCAACGAGCUCGGCUCAGGAAGGCCGAGAGCCACCAAGCACGCAGUGGCUGUGGUGGUGGCCACCUCCCUUGUAAUUGGUCUCCUUGCAAUGUUUCUUAUACUCGCAGCUCGUAACCAUUUUCCAGUACUAUUUACAAAUGAUGAAGAGCUUCAGCAUGCCGUUUCUAAGAUUGCUCAUCUUCUUGCCAUCACCAUGAUCCUCAAUAGCAUACAGCCAGUGAUUUCAGGUGUGGCAGUAGGAGGUGGAUGGCAAGCUCUUGUGGCUUAUAUAAACUUGGCUUGCUAUUAUGUCUUUGGCCUUCCUUUGGGAUUCCUACUGGGGUAUGGAUUGCAGUGGGGAGUUCAGGGUAUAUGGAUUGGAAUGCUUUUGGGAACUGCACUGCAGACUUUGAUUCUGUGCUAUGUGCUUUGGAAGACCAACUGGAAUGAUGAGGCUGCACAGGCAUGCGAACGAGUGAGAUUGUGGGGUGGAGAACAAAAACUUAUAGAGAUGGGAAAGUGAGCUUCUUUCUUUCAUUGGAAUUUAAUUGUUUUUUUUAGGUGGAUUUUGUGAAUUGUUUGGUGGGUGGAAAGUAAAAAUCUACCAAGAAAGAAAUAGCAUAAAGAUUUUUUCUUUUUCUUUUUUGUUUUAAGAGAUAUGAGCCUUUGCAUAAAAACAUAUGCAAUUUUUUUUUUAAUGGCAUUGUAAGAUUUUUUAUAUGAUAUACAUAAAUAUCAAUAUGAUGCAUGUAUGUUAGAGCAACCCAAAAGUUGAAUGGGUA